AUGGAGUACCCUUUUUAUCCUAAGGAAAGAGGAUUUGGGUAUUGGCAGUCUCCGGAAACUGAGAUGGAAGGGUCAACAUCACUAGAUGGUGGAAUCAACAAUUUGGUGUCAGAGGAUAUGCCUAGCAGCUUCUCCGAGCUCAUGAACUUUGAUAAUUAUGCUGGUUUGUGUUCUGGUCCAUCCAUGACUGAUCAGAUUAUGGCAAAUGAGCUUCCAUCUCUUGCCUCGGUGUUAUAUCAAUCACCGGAUGGAUUCAAUCCAGUUGAACAGAACUGUGGGCAAUUCUAUAUGACAGGAGUCAGUGGAAAUUACAAUAAUUCAGAUAGCUCCCCCGUUUUUGCAGAGAAAGUUGUGCGACAGAAAAUGGACACCCUACGUGGCUUCUUAGACAACAACAAUGAUGCAAAUAACUUAAGUUCUAAGCAAAAAAUCAACGACACUACGCAGCAUGUUAGUAGUUUGUCACUUGAUGAAAAAAUGCUGAAAGCCUUGUCCUUCUUUAAAGAAUCAGCUGGUGGGGGAAUAUUGGCACAAGUUUGGGUACCCAUAAAGCAUGAUGGUCAAAUAUUCUUAAGCACUAGUGAGCAACCUUAUUUACUAGAUCAAAUGCUUGCAGGGUAUCGUGAAGUGUCGAGAACAUUUAUAUUUUCUACAGAAGGAAAACCAGGCUGUUUACCUGGACUUCCUGGUCGUGUUUUUAUCUCCAAAGUUCCUGAAUGGACUUCCAAUGUUGGUUAUUACAAUCCAAAUGAGUACUUGAGGGUUGAGCAAGCAAGAAAUCACGACAUUCGUGGAUCAAUUGCUUUUCCCAUAUUUGAUCUGCACUCUGGAAUGCCAUGUUGUGCUGUCUUGGAACUUGUCACUACGAAGGAAAAGCUUGAUUUUAGUAGAGAAUUGGAAAUUAUUUGUCGUUCACUUCAGCUUGUAAAUUUAAGGACUACUGUUCCUAUUCGGCUGCUUCCUGAGUGUCUUUCGACCAAUAAAAGAGCUGCUUUAACCGAGAUAAUUGAUGUGUUACGAUCCGUGUGUCAUGCACAUAGAUUGCCGCUGGCUCUAACAUGGAUUCCCUGUUUUUGCACUGAAGGCGCAAGAGAAGAAACUUGUAGAAUACAAAUUAAAGAGGGUAAUUCAAGUUCUAAAGAAAAAAGCAUACUGUGUCUUGAAGAAUCAGCUUGCUAUAUAACUGAUAGAGUGAUGGAAGGAUUUGUGCGUGCAUGCAUUGAACAUCCUCUCGAGGAAGGGAAAGGUGUAGCUGGGAAAGCUCUUCAAUCAAAUCACCCUUACUUCUAUUCUGACGUGAAAACAUAUGAUAUCAGCGAGUAUCCGCUUGUUCAUCAUGCUCGGAAGUUCAAUUUGAAUGCUGCAGUUGCAAUCAAGCUAAGAAGUAUUUAUACUAACGAUGAUGAUUACAUAUUGGAAUUCUUUCUGCCAAUCAAUAUGAAAGGGAGUAAUGAACAACAACUUUUAUUGGACAACCUCUCGGGUACCAUGCAGAGAAUUUGUAAGAGUUUGAGGACAGUUUCAGGUGUUGAACUAUCAGGAAUAGAAUGUAAACAUGCAGGGUUUGGAAAAAAAAAUGUCCCGAGUUUUCCCCCCUCGUCGAAGAGAAAUUCUCAGAUAUCAUUAAUAAAUGAAAACCAUAGUUCUGUCCAGAAGCUGUCGUCGGAGGCUUCAGACCUGAGAAACAAUGGAAAAGAGCCUUCUAACCAGGAAAAAAAUGGAUCGAAAAGGCGAGCUGAGAAAAGUAGAACCACAUCAGAGAAGAAAGUUAGCUUGAGUGUUCUCCAGCAAUACUUUUCUGGUAGUCUGAAGGAUGCUGCAAAGAGCAUUGGUGUUUGCCCUACAACUCUGAAAAGGAUAUGCAGGCAUCACGGAAUUUCAAGAUGGCCAUCCCGCAAGAUUAAUAAAGUGAAUCGUUCUUUGAAGAAAAUUCAGACUGUGCUUGACUCUGUUCAGGGAGUUGAAGGUGGGUUGAAGUUUGAUCCUUCCAUGGGUGCAUUUGUGGCAGCUGGGACAACCAUCCAAGAAAUUGAUGAAAGUACAAAUCUCCUUUUCCCGGAGAAAAGUACUACACAAGACUCUGAGCCUAUUUCAGAAGAUGCUGCCUCGGUGCCUCCCGCUCCUUGUAGUGAAGGUGAGAAUUCGGCAAAUAAGUUGGAUAGACAAUUAAAGGGAACCAACGCAUCUAUGAUUGAUUGCAGUGAAGAUUCAAAAUCAUUUGCAAUGCAUGGUGUUCCUGAACAAGCAUGUUUUAGUUCUGUUCUUGCAAAAGGUAAUGCUAUUGGCCAGAGAAGCUCCUUUGUUGCUGAUGACAUGGACAGUGAUGCGGAUGGGGAUGAUGAAGUUGUUGAACGCAGCAAUCCUACUUCUUCAAGCUUGACAGACUCAUCUAGUGGCUCGGGUUCAAUCAUGCAUGAGAGUUCAUCUAGUUACCAGAACUUUAAGAACCAAAAGCAGUCCAAAGCCAAAUCAACCAUCGUUGAUAGCGGGACAAAAAUCGUUGUGAAAGCUACAUAUGGAGAAGACACCAUUCGUUUCAAAUUUGAUCCAUCCACAGGUUGUUUUAAACUAUACGAUGAAGUUGCAACAAGAUUCAAACUGCAAUACGGGACAUUCCAGCUCAAAUAUCUAGAUGAUGAAGAAGAAUGGGUGAUGUUAGUGAAUGACUCAGAUUUGCAAGAGUGUUUGGAAAUAUUGAAUGAUAUGGGAACACGGAAUGCAAGGUUUCUUGUUCGUGAUAUGCCUCACAUUUUAGGCAGCUCCGGCAGUAACAGUUGCUACUUGGGAGGCAGCUCAUAG